CACCUCAGCAGGUGACGCCCUCCCGCCUUAUGGUUUUUCUCUGAGGGGAGAAAACGCGCGGGCCGUUAGCGGGUCAGCGCCUCACGGCUCCGAGCCGGGCGGCUGCACGGGACGGGCCGCCCCCCGCCUUGCGCCCGGGCUGUACUCGUGGCCCUCAUUAAAGCGAGCCGGGCAGCUUUAAUUGCGGCCCUCAUUAAAGCGAGCCGUGGGCCGGGGCGGGCUCCAGGCAACCCUCGGUUUCCGCGGGGCGGGCGGCGGGGGCGAGGCCGGGGGCGGCCUCAGCUCUCGAUUGAGGCUGCCUGGCGGGGGCGGCGGCCGCCCGGCCGUUAUUGCCGUGGGCGCAGCGGCCCCGCCACCGCCGUCAUGUGGAGAGCGGCGGCCCCGCUGCGGGCCCUGUGCCGCGCCCCGCUGCCGCCGCCCCCCGCGCCCCGGCGGCGGGCCGUGAGCGUAGCCGUGACCCCCGCCGCCGGGCUGGCGGACGAGCGGGUGGACACCCGCGUGGCGGGGCUGGCGGCGGGGCAGGCGGUGACGCUGCGGGCCGUGGUGGCGGACGAGCGCGGCUGCCUCUUCCAGUCGUGCGCGCACUACCGGGCGGACGGCCGCGGGCAGCUGCACCUGGGCACCGACGCCUCGCACGGCGGGGACUACACGGGCGUGGAGCCCAUGGGGCUCUUCUGGAGCCUCGCCCCCGCCGGCAUGGAGAGGCCGUACCAGCGGCUCGUCCCCCGCAGCACCGGCACGCCGAUGAGGGUGGAGGUGCUGGUCCACCAGGGCCACAGCGGGCCCGGCGCCAUCCACGGGCCGGUGAUGGCCAAGGCCGAGGUGCAGCGCUGGUUCACGGCCCCCGGCGUGCGGAGGAUCCGGCUGAAGGAGGGAAGCGUCAGGGGCUCCCUGUUCCUGCCGCCGGGCGAUGGCCCCUUCCCAGGAGUGAUUGACAUGUAUGGUGACGAAGGAGGUUUGAUUGAAUUUAGAUCCAGUCUCCUGGCUACCCGUGGUUUUGCUGCACUUUCUCUGCCAUAUUUUGACUUUGAAGAUCUGCCCAAGGUCAUGAAAGAGUUUAACCUUGAAUACUUUGAGGAGGCAGCUAGAUUUCUACAGCGUCACCCAAAGGUGAAGGGGCCAGGAGUUGGAGUAAUUGGGACCGGGAAGGGGGCAGAACUAGCACUCUCCAUGAUCACCUUCCUGCCAGAGGUAGUGGCUGCUGUCUGUAUCUCUGGCUGUAGUUCCAACACAGUUGCUGACCUCCACUAUGGUGAGAUGACUCUGCCUGGGCUGCGUUUCGAUAUGAAUAAGGUCAGUGUUUCUGACACUGGUGUGUUUGACACCUUUGAAGCUCUGGAUGACCCAACGAAUCCUGCUAAUUCGCCCUGCACGAUCCCCAUUGAAAAAGCAGAAGGUCACUUUCUCCUAGUGGUAGGGGAAGAUGAUCGUAUGUGGAAGAGCUCCUUAUAUGCUCAGCUGGCAAUUGGGCGGCUGCGCCAGCAUGGGAAAGAAAACUUUGCACUUCUGAGUUAUCCUGGAGCAGGUCACAGAAUCGAUCCUCCUUCUACUCCCUUUUGUCAGGUGGCCGUGGAUCGUGUUCUGGGGGUGCCCGUUCUGGGGGGUGGAGAGAGCAAAGCACACGCCCAUGCCCAGGAGCACUCCUGGGGAAAGAUUCAGGAGUUUCUGCACUUGCAUCUGGGAUGAACACUUAAGCACCUGUAAGUUGUUGCUGCUGAGCUUGAGCCACCAAAAUGACUGGAGGGACUGGCUGAGAAAAGGUCUGAAAUGUGAAAUCACCAAAUGACAGUUGCAUCCAAACACACCCAAACAGGAAGGGAUUUAUUUGGACUAGCCAAAGUUAUUUUAAGUAGGUACACAGAGGAGAAGUGACCCAACCAUAAGUAGGCUGCAUUGUAGUACAGAUUUGAUGGCCUGAAUUGAUCGUGGCACCAAGAAACAAGUGUCUGAAGAGAGGGGUAGGUACCGUCUGGCUUGCAGUAGCAGAGAUUCACAGAACUGCACCGCAGCCUGUGCCUGUAGAAGUGACAGACCACUUCCGCCUGGCAGAACACGAUGGCAACCUGUGGAUGACAGACCUGGACGUCGACAUGAUGAAUGGUUCUGGCUGGGGGCUGUCAGUUACUUCAGCCUGGAACUGAUUUAUAGCCCAUCCCCUGGAGGUGUUUUCCAUUUGCACAAAGCUGGAGAGCUGUAUUUGUAGUGAGUCUCAUGACCUCAGAAUGUGGUCUUCUGGCAGCAGCUGGAAACAGUCUUGGUUUUGUCCAGCUGCAGUUGCCUGUUAAAGGGGGGGAAACAAAGACUACUUUCCCUGGCAUCUAGGGGGAAUCUAGGGGGAAUGGCAGCACUAGUGCUGCCUUGUAUUAGGGAUGUCAAUAUCUGUUCCUAUAAUGCCUUGGAUUGGCAGUUGACAGAGCAUGAAAAUUCUGUUAGGUAGCAGAGUUAAAUGCAGUUAUGCCAUGUGCAAGUCUUACUUCUCUCUUCACCACUUGUUUUGAACUAAGAAUAAUUGCCAUUAUGUUAGGGAUUGUGAAACUCUUUGAUAAUGAUGUCAACAUAUGGUGACAGCUGUUCUUGGGGAGUUGAGAGAAAAGCUGAUGAGUAGAAGACUGGAAGGUAGGCUGUAAAAAAAAAAAAAAAAAAAGCUGUCAUCUUGUGGUGAUGAUUAACUUACAACAGUAAUAUGAAAAAACAACAACUAGGAUUUCUGUCCCAGGACUGCCCAGGGUUGUUUUUUGAUGUAAUUUUUAGCUAGUGCCUUAUUUCUCCCUACCACUCAGGUACAAAGAAACAUUUCUUCCCAAAAGACCUGAUUUCUUGCAAGGGUCUUGUCAGUGCUGAAGGCCUGGUUAGCAAGGGUUAAACUGAUGCAAAUCUCCUUCAAGGUCACUUUGUCAGACCAGUUUGAGAGCUGCCCAGGAAGAUAUAAAACCUUCACUUACGGCACUGAAUUUUGCUUUGCUCUCAGGGAUCUUUUCUCUCCAGUUGACUGCCAAUUAUGCUCAGGUCUCUUUAGCUUUCUGCAGCUCAUGUUACUCCUAACCAUUUGAGUGAAAUCACACUCGCUCCGUACACCAUCACUGCCUAUUGAAUAAUUGAUCCAUCCACUCCUUAGAAGAGACGCUCCAGCCAUUUCACUCCACACACAACCUCUUCACACCUCGUCUCACCUCUGCCUGAAGAGACCUUCGCAGAGCCCUGCCUGGUGCUUCAGCCUGCCCUGGUACUGCCCGCCCCAGGAGCCCUGGACCACAGCCUGCUGUGAUGCGCACCUUGCUGGUGCUCAUCCGUAGCACCCUGUCUUUUUUCCAAGUUGAAGCCAUAGAGGAAAGGGUUGCCUGCAGGCGGUUUUUGUUUUGUUUUUGUUCUGUCUGUCUGUGUCGUGUAUCCACAGCAGUUGGACCUCUGGGUGUGACUGCCUGGGGUAGAGCAGCGCUGCCUGUAACUCUUGUUACCCUCCUGGUAUUGAUAGCUGUCUCCUUAUCACUGUGCUACCACACCGCAUCCACUGCUGUGCAAGAUGGCAAGCUGCAGAUUCAGGAAGUAAAUGCUGACUGGGAAAUAACAAAAAACACGUAGCCUAAAAGUACCUAAACCUUUAAAAAUAAUUGUUAGGUAUUGUCAGAUAUCUGCAGCUUGAAAGUAAACUGCCAAAAAGUUAUUAAAAAGCAAGCCAGUGUAAGAAUUCGACAUUGGGUUUUUGU